AUGGAGUUGGCUGAUGUCAUUCAGCAAAAGAAGCAGGCUUUACAGAAAUUAAAUGACUUUUAUGGCAAGAUGUCAACAACUAAUCCAAGUGAUUCAAGUCACCAGCGUCUUUUACAGAUUUCAGAAGAAGAGGUGGAGAAUCGUGUUUUCCAGAAUGUGUCUUUGUUGGCAAUCAUUGAACCGGCACUAAAGGAAGAAACCAUUCGUCAACUCACUAAAGAGUUACAGCGAAGGAUUGAAAGUGAUAAGACUCUGCUGCGAACUUACAAAUCCCUUGAAAAAAUGGUGGGAAAAUCAGAACAAUCAAGAAAAGAAGCAAUUGCUAUUACUCUGCACAAAUUUUUACAUGGAUACAGAACUGCCCUGGAAAUUUUGGAAGAAAAGAAAAAUAAAAUUUCAACAAGAGAAAAUAAUCAAAAUCGACUUUCUGAUGCUGGAAAUCCUUCUUUAGGAAUUCAACAUACAAUCGGAAAUUCAAGUCCAAUUGCUUCUGAUAUAACCGAACCAUUUGUCACAACGGCUGGACGCUGGCCUUUUGAUGAUGGCAUAACGAAUAUUGGCGGUUUGAGUUCAGCCUCAAAUGGACUCGAUCUUAUUAACCCGCAGAAUUUGACUUGCGAAGAAGAUUUUAAGUCAAGAUUUUUUUUUACUACGACACAGACAAAAAUUGCUGGAAAUAGCAACAAUUCAUCAAGGAAAUUUCAAGAGAACAAAUCAAAAGGUGUUAAUUAUUUUGUUGCAGCUGGUCGGAAAGUUUCAAAAAAUUAUUCUUGUGACCGCCGACGCAAACGAAGCACACUGGACGAUCUGGAAGAACUUAUAGCACCAGACAGAAAUGUUGGAGGUGAUGGUGGCAAUAGACAGAGCACUUGUGACAGUUUUGAAGAAAGUGUCACUUGCUCUUCAUCUCAAGUUGAUUCAACCAGCGGCAGUGGAGUUGAAUCUGCAGAUAAAGAACUUUUACUGCAAGAAUUACAAAAUCUGCGGAUUGAAUUGGAACAUUCUCGACAAACGAUUUGCAAAUUGCAACAAAAAGAACAUCAAUUACGAGACAGAUUAUCGGAACAAGCCCAUAAGCAGUUCACAAUUAGCAACAGUCAUUUUGAAGAUCUCUCUUUGAAUGAAAAGAGACCCACUGAAUUGAUCCGUCUCUAUGGUAAUCUUUAUAGUGAAACCAGAGUUGAUGCAGCUGAUGAUUUGGACAACUUGGCUGAAAUUUCAGAUUUUGACAAACUUAAAACCAAAAUUCUGUUUUCUGUUGUUGUUCUUGCUUUCCGUUCUACAUAUGAAUAUCUGCUUGAGUUGAAAAGCAAAGUACGUAAUCUGCUGCACAUCCAAGUUGGAGAUGUAAACAAUGAAAGUGCUGACCUACCAUCUCUCAGCUUAGAAGCAGAAAUUGAUGAUUAUAUACGAAAAACUGUUGAUCGUCAUGAUUGUUCAGCGAAUGUCGAGGAUGUAUGUUCCAAAUUAUACAUGGCCUUGUUUGACUACCCAUGUCUACGACAAAGUAAAGGAUUACGUCAAUACAUUGAGGAAUGUGUAAGAGUAGCUUGGGCAUUAAAUGUCCAAAAUCCACGCUACGUCAUCAGCUAUGACACAACCAGCUUUGAUCCCCACCUGCACACACGUUUUCACACUUCAGAACUGGCUAAGGAAGAAAUCUUAGAAUUUUUGUGGCCUGCUUUGCUUGAAGAAAAUGGUGCCUGCGUUUUCAAAGCAGUUGUUAUUACAUAA